CUGCCAUGUGUGACUCAGCUGCGGGUCUAGAAAUUAGCCGACAAAAAGCACUUGCAUCGAAUUUAAGGCGAGGCAUCCUAUCCUAUCCUAUCCUAUCCUAUCCUAUGCCACUCGAAAUAUAGCGGAAAAGACUUGCAGCUACUAUGCAGGCGAAAAGAUAGACUAAAGAUAAAUGUCAAUUGCUAUUCAGAUGAGUAUUGCUACUCAGAUGAGUAUUGCUACUCAGAUGAGUAUUGCUGUUCAGUAGAUGAGUAUUGCUAUAUAGAUGAGUAAGUAUUCAGAUGAAAAUUCAAUAUCGUUUUUUUGAAUUUUUGUCCACUCUAAGAAUGACUUUAGCAAGUGCGCGAUAUUUUUGUCGGUGCUGGGAAACGGUUCGAACCUAUUUCGCAAGAAAGGAUCAGUUGCAAAAGUUCACAUUAAGGGUUGGGAGUUGGCCACUCAUAGAUGAAUGCAUAGAUCUAAUAGAACGCUGCUGGAGUCGAAAUUUGUUUGUUUGUUUGUUUGUUUGUCUAUGCUCAUAGAUGAAUGCAUAGUAUGGACAAGUUUUCAAACAGGAAAUAUGUCAUAGAGAUGCAAGCUAGAAGGUGGGUCAACUUGCAGCUGCUAAUCACAGACGCAGGAGGAGGGGGGUCGUGCACACUUACGAC